AUGGUGAGCCACAACGGAAAGAACAGAAUUGUGUUCAACUGUUCCUACACGUAUAAAAAUAAAAACCUCAAGAAGCUGCUAUUGCCUGGGCCCACCUUAAGUUCCAGUUUACUGGGUGUACUGCUGCGCUUCAGAGAGCAUGCUAUUGGUAUCAGCAGUGAUAUCAAGGGCAUGUUCCACCAGGUGAGGCUGCUCCCAGAAGACAAGCCCUUGCUGCGCUUCCUGUGGCGAGACCUGAAUACAGAGGAACCACCUAACAUCUAUACAUGCCUCACAUCUGUUGAGGAAACCCAUCACCUGGUCGAUAAACUGACUUCACUGUUGACUACAGGUGGAUUUGAGUUACGCCAGUGGGGCAGUAACAACCCGGAAUUCAUCAAUCAUCUGCCCAAAGAAGCAAGAUCUGAGAGCAGUGAAUUGUGGAUCAAUGAGUCAGGCACUGACCCACAGGAGCUCGCCCUUGGACUCCGCUGGUUAUGCAAUUCAGAUACCUUAAGGUAUAAAUACCGUAUGUUGGACAAAACUACACCUACCAUGCGAAAUAUAUACCGAGUUCUGGCACGCCUUUAUGAUCCCUUGGGAUUUAUAGUCCCCUUUACCACGCGGGCCAAAGUUCUGGUGCAGCACUUGUGGGAUAAACAGAGAGACUGUGAUGACCCGUCACUACCUGAGGAUGUGCUGCAGUCAUGGCUGACGUGGGAAGAAGAAUUGGAGCAUCUCUCCCAGAUUAUACUGCCUCGCUGCUAUGUGAGCCUUGAGAUGGACAGUUCAAACCACCAGAGAGACCUACACAUCUUUGCUGAUGCGUCAGAGAAGGCAUAUGGCUCAGUGGCAUAUUUGCGGACAGAGAGUUCAAACGGCGGUAGAGAUGUGUCUUUUGUUGCUGCCAGGUCUAGGGUGGCCCCGAAGAAGCAGCAAUCAAUACCCAGACUGGAGUUGUGUGCUGCUCUGACAGCUGCACAGCUAGCUGCACUAUUGCAAAGAGAGCUGACAGUUAAUAUCCGCAAUGUUGUCUUCUGGACAGACUCCACAACAGUACUCGCAUGGCUCCAGUCCGACUCCUGUCGGUACAAGGUAUUUGUGGGAACACGGGUGUAG